GAAAAAUUAAAAUGUAACCUAUAUAAUUUUGAUAUUUGAGAUUAAAUUGAUAUUCGAGAUUAAAAAUAUUUGUAAUUUGUAAAAAUUUAGUAGGAAUAGUAGUUAAUAAUAUACAUAUUUAUUUAAAUAAAACUUAGUAAGUAUAGAGGAACUUUUAUCUACAUGUGGUUUUUUUUUAAAUAAUAAUGUCCAAUAAAGAAAACAAACCAGGUGAUGGUAUACGUUCCUUGAAAUCUACAAACUUAUUCCGAGCAGUAAAUUUUGAACUUUACGUAAAACCUAAUAUCGUUGUUAUGGGUUUAGGAUUAACAGCACUUGCCGGAUGUUUUGGAUAUAUUGCUUAUAUGAGAUACAAAUAUGAAAGUUUAGGAUACUAUGGUGCAAUUAAAGAUGAUGGAUCUGAAGAAUUUUUAAAAAAGAAAUCUAGAUGGGAUUAAUUGUUCUACUGUAUUGUAAAUAUGUAAAUUAUUUAGUUAAUAAAUAGUAAAAUUAAAUUAGGUUCAAAAUAUAUAA